AUGGCUUCCCUCUCAUUUUCUUCCUCCCUCAAACCCUGCAGCAACAAUUAUUCCCGAAAAAUCGUUACUCGUUAUCGAGCAAAACACGAUUACAAUACGGAUUACCAAAGUCGAGGUUUAACCAUCUCGAACGUUGCCACUAAACCACCUUCAAAUGUCGUGAUUCCCUCGAAACAAGACGAUGAAAACAUUAAAAAAAAUGUUGCUUGGACAAGUGUAAAACAAGAAAGAUGGCAAGGAGAUCUUCUUGUUCAAGGAGAAAUCCCACUUUGGCUGAAUGGAACAUACCUAAGGAACGGGCCGGGCCUAUGGAACAUCGGAGACUACAACUUCCGCCACCUCUUCGACGGCUACGCCACCCUAGUCCGCCUCCACUUCGAAAACGGCCGCCUAGCAAUGGCCCACCGCCAGAUCGAAUCCGACGCAUACAAAGCCUCCAUAGAAAACAAGAAACUCUGCUAUCGAGAAUUCUCCGAAGUCCCGAAAACAGACAGUUUCUUGUCCUACAUCGGAGACAUAGCCAAGCUAUUCUCCGGCGCAUCAUUGACCGACAACGCAAACACUGGCGUGGUCAAACUGGGCGACGGGCGGGUCGUCUGUCUUACAGAAACAAUAAAAGGGUCGAUUGUGAUCGACCCGAAUAACUUGGAUACGAUAGGGAAGUUCGAGUAUAGUGACAAUUUGGGCGGGUUGAUCCACUCGGCCCACCCGAUUGUGACGGAUAGUGAGUUCUUGACUUUGCUACCCGAUCUGAUAAACCCGGGUUAUGUUGUUGUGAGGAUGGAACCCGGGUCGAACGAGAGGAAAGUGAUCGGUCGGGUCAAUUGCCGAGGCGGGCCCUCUCCGGGUUGGGUCCACUCUUUUCCGGCGACUGAGCAUUACGUGGUGGUGCCGGAGAUGCCGCUUAGGUAUUGUGCCGGAAAUUUGCUCAAGGCGGAGCCCACGCCUUUGUAUAAGUUCCAAUGGCACCCUGAGUCCAAAGCUUACAUGCAUGUUAUGUGCAAAGCUAGUGGCAAUGUUGUGGCAAGUGUUGAGGUUCCGCUAUACGUGACGUUCCAUUUCAUCAACGCGUACGAGGAGAAAGACGAAGAAGGAAGGGUGACGGCCAUUAUUGCCGACUGUUGCGAACACAACGCCGACACCACCAUCUUGCAGAAUCUCACCCUCCAAAAUCUCCGGUCAUUCUCCGGUGAAGAUGUGCUACCAGAUGCAAGGGUCGGAAGAUUCAGGAUUCCGAUGGAUGGGAGCUCAUAUGGGAGUUUGGAAGCAGCUUUGGACCCAAAUGAACAUGGUAAAGGCAUGGAUAUGUGCAGCAUAAACCCUAAUUUUCUGGGCAAGAAAUAUAGAUACACUUAUGCAUGUGGUGCUCAAAGACCUUGCAAUUUCCCUAACACCCUCACUAAGAUUGAUCUGAUGAACAAAACGGCAAAGAAUUGGGUGGACGAGGGCUCGAUACCAUCCGAGCCCUUCUUCGUGGCUCGCCCAGGUGCUACAGAAGAAGAUGAUGGUGUCGUGAUUUCGAUGAUCAGCGACAAAAACGGGGAAGGAUACGCGUUGUUGUUAGACGGAUCUACUUUUCAAGAAAUUGCCAGAGCUAAGUUCCCUUACGGUCUUCCUUACGGCCUGCAUGGAUGUUGGGUUCCAAAGACAUAGAUCGAUUUACCGUACAGACAACCCAUUGUAAUUUACUACGUAAAAAUUGUGUCUUGUGAAGAAGACCGAAGAUACGACGUAUCUUCG